AUGAGUAAACAAGAGCCUCUAGGAAAUGAGGACUUUGACGUGGAUGAGGAAAUGAAUGAGUUUGACGACAACGAAGAAGCACCUAUUGACAAUGCAACCUUAUUCCCAGAACACGAGCAGACACAAGAUGAAGAGCCGAGGCUAGAAAACGGAACGGGAAACCUCUUUGAAAUCCCAGAAUUCACACGUAAAGAUAAGACGUUGAAUGAAAUUCUUGAAAUGAUGGAAGAUAAUCCUCCCAUAAUUCCAGAUGCAGUCAUUGAUUACUAUCUAACAAGGAACGGAUUUGAUUGUGCAGAUGUGAGAGUGAAAAGACUGCUGGCAUUGGCGACUCAAAAAUUUGUAAGUGACAUUGCUACUGAUGCAUAUGAAUACUCUCGAAUUCGCUCUGCUAUCACCGUCCACAACUCUAACAACGGCCAGGCCCGUGCCAGGCAGCUUAUUAUGGGUCAACAACAGCCUGGUCAAUUGACACAACAGCAACAGCAACAAAAUGAGAAAACCAAAGCUAAUAAGGUCGUGCUUACUGUCAACGACCUCAGCAGUGCUGUUUCCGAGUACGGCCUGAAUGUUUCGAGACCGGACUUUUAUCGUUAG